AUGGAGGAACCGCAGUCUAUGGACGAAGCCUUGUCGCUGCCCGUCCGCGCCUCGUCGCCAUCGCCGUCCGUUCCCGCAACGCCCGCCAUUUCUUCAUACUCCUCCCCGGACCGCACCUUCUCCUCCGUUUCCUCCCACUCCGCCUCCUCGGCGACCUCGACCGACGCCCGCUCCACGAUCUCGACUUCCUCUCGCAGACAUGGAUACGUGCGCGCCUGCGGGGCCGAAUUCGCCGACUCGGCGCGGCAUCGCGACAGCGUCAUGAGCCUGGGCAGUAUCGCCCAUCUACAGUACUACUUUGCCCGCACGGGCCUGUUGGACGGAAAAACAGGCCGAGGCAAGGAUUUUAAGAAGAAGAAUAGGGAUAAUGUGCCGCGGGUGCUGAUCACGCCGAAUGAGCGGCAUAUGGAGGAUUUGGUGGCCAGCCCGACGGAGAUGGUGGACGAGGCGGAGGACGAGGCUAAUUAUGAGGACGAGGAGGGGGAGGUGAUGCUGCCCCCCACCGUCAGUACAUACAGCAUUAAAACGCACCACGUCCCUCCCCCGCCCGACGUGGUCUCUUUACGCCGCGAUUUGCAAGUCGCACUGGACAGGGCCGAGGGUAAUAUCGAGGCUAUUGAGAAUGGCGUGGAACCUCCACCCCGCGCGCCAAUACGUACCAGUCUCUCCCCCGGUGAUAUUCCCGAGGGUUCAGAUGACGAUACCGUGCGGGAAGCGCUAGCGCCGCAAACUAAGGAAGAGGCGCAGGGCAUGUGUAUUCUGGAUGAUGUGACGAUGGCUAUUCGAGCUGCCAAGAUCUACUAUACCGCCCACCCGCACCCUGAACGCCUGGGCUCGAUUAAGAGUGAACGCGACAUUCGCAAAGAUCUGCUUCACGUCCUUGAUGUACUGAAACGCUGGGCAGCACGACACUUUGCCUGUGGUCUCCGCGAUGAAGAGCGAGAUGUGAUCAAGGGGUGGAUUGUGGGUGUCCGCACCAUGCUAGUCCGGGAGAAAGCCCUGGAGGACCUGGAGGCUCAAGAGCGAGAGAAUUGGGACUGGGCCCGUGGCGACUGGGCUGGACGGGAACGAGCCCGCGAGGAGUCUUUCCUUCGUAGUCUCAUGCCCGGUGGUCAUAGUCUGCCCGAAUGGACGGCCAUCGAUGAGACGCCGUUGGACUCCCUCCCAUCCCCGUUCCUAGAGCGUUUCCGGGAUGGCCGCAUCCUGGUCCAGUUACACAACAUCGCAGUCAAGAAGUCGAAGCGUCACUUUGGGGAGAUCAAGGCCUACCACGAGGACAUCGCCAAACCGUAUCGCCAGGCAGAAAAUCUGCGAUUCUGGCUCAAAGCUGCCGAGUUGCGGUGGGAGAUGCGGAAGCAGGUGGACGUUAUGGGGGUGGUUCAGAGCACCAGCGAAGUAGCCUGGAGGCAAUUCGACGCCGCACUGUUGGCCUGGUGCAAGACGGUGCGUGAGGAACUGGUACGAGAUUGGAUGGAGGCUAACCCGGGACGACCCCCGAGUGCCGGUCUGAUUUAA